AUGUCUGCCCAGGCUGCGCUUCUCAUCGGAGGCAUCACCCACGCGCGCAAGGAGUGGGAGGCGCUGUCUUCCAUUUUGACAUUGAAGGAAUUCCCUAGCGGCACCCGUGAAGAAUUCAUUGAAAACUGCAAGUCAGGACAGUACGACGACGUGGUGGCAAUUUACCGAUCCAACACUUCCAACAAGUACACUGGCAACUUUAACGAAGAAUUGCUCUCGGUCCUGCCAAAGUCGAUUCGCUACAUCUGCCACAAUGGCGCUGGUUAUGACAACCUAGACAUUCCUGGUUGCACCAAGAGGAAUAUUGCUGUUUCCAGCACCCCGGUGGCCGUGAACAAUGCUACUGCCGAUGUGGGCAUCUUCCUGAUGAUCGGUGCCCUGAGACAGGCUUACGUGCCUAUUGCUGCUAUUCGGGCCGGCACAUGGCAAGGAGCGACCACCAUCGGCCAGGACCCCCAAGGCAAAGUCCUCGGUAUUCUCGGCAUGGGUGGCAUUGGACGGGAAAUGGCUACUCGGGCCAAGGCUUUUGGCAUGAAAAUCCAAUACCACAACCGCACACGCCUCCCCGCCGAACUUGAGGCUGGUGCCACUUAUGUCUCCUUCGACGAGCUCCUCGCCAACUCCGACGUCUUCAGUCUGAACCUGGCUCUUAACCCUUCCACCCGACACAUUAUUGGCGCUACCGAGUUUGCCAAGAUGAAGGAUGGCGUGGUGAUUGUCAACACUGCUCGUGGAGCAUUGAUCGACGAGAAUGCGCUGGUCGCUGCUCUCGAUUCUGGCAAGGUCCGCUCUGCCGGUCUCGACGUGUAUGAGGAAGAGCCCAAGGUUCACUCUGGUCUGUUGAGUAACCCGCGAGUUAUGCUGCUCCCGCACAUCGGCACAAAUACCUAUGAGACACAGAAGGAGAUGGAGAUCUUGGUGUUGAAUAACUUGAAGUCGGGAGUGGAAAAGGGAGAGUUGAUUACACAGGUGCCGGAGCAGAAGCGAUAG